AUGGUCAAAUCAUAUUUAAAGUUUGAACACAGCAAGACCUUCGGCCAGAUCUGUACAGCCUCCGCCAAUGUUGUCUGGGAUCCGUCGGGCGGCGACGACUCGGCAGCAAGAGGCGGUGCAGGUCUAGCUUAUGUUGGUGCAAAUGAAGAUGUUCUGGUGUGGAAUGUGAAGAAGUCAGAAAGAGUCGGAACAUGGACCGUUGAAGACAACACCGCGGUGGUGACAGUCAUUUGUCGGAGUGACACUGAUCCAGAUGUGUUUGCAGUUGGCUACGAUGACGGCAAGAUUCGCAUCUGGGAUUCUCGGACUGCGACAGCGAUCAUUACAUUCAACGGGCACAAGACCGCAGUUACACAGCUGAAAUUUGAUAAAUCGGGAGUCCGGCUGGCCAGCGGCUCAAGGGACACCGACAUCAUCCUCUGGGAUUUAGUUGCUGAAGUUGGGCUGUACCGGUUACGAGGCCACAAGGACCAGAUCACUUCGAUUGCUUUCUUGUCGCGCGCUAUACCUGGAGAAGGUCUAGAAGAUUCCAACGAGUCGGACGGCUUCCUCUUGACCACCAGCAAAGAUGCGCUGAUUAAGAUUUGGGAUCUCUCAACUCAGCAUUGCAUUGAAACGCACGUCACUCAAACAAACGGGGAAUGCUGGGCCAUGGGCCUCAUGAAAGAUAGGGAGGGUUGCAUAACGGCUGGCAAUGAUGGAGAGCUCAAAGUGUGGUCCAUCGAUGAGUCUGCAUUGACGCAUGACGUGGGUACUCAACGUCAAGCGCACCAACAGAUCCUGCACGAACGAGGUGCAAUCUACAGACAGGGUCGCGAUCGUCCACUGGCCGUCAAGUUCCAUCCUCAGAAAGACCUCAUCGCUAUUCAUGGCGCUGAAAAGGCCAUCGAAUUGCUCCGCAUUCGCUCAGAGAAUGAGAUACGCAAAACCCUAACAAGAAAACGCAAGAGGAGAAAGGAAAAGACGGAAACAACUGCAGAGGCCGAGUCUGGAGUCGAUGUUGCAGAUGGCAAGGAAGACGUUACAGAUAUGACGACGGUUUCCAUUUCAGACAUAUUUGUUCCGUAUGUUCUCGUACGGACAGGUGGAAAAGUCCGAUCCAUGGACUGGAGUACUCAACACGGAAGGGCCAUCAGGGUUUUGGUUUCGACUUCGAAUAAUCAGCUCGAGCUCUUUGACAUUGUCGGAUCUGACAACAAGAAGUCGCAGGAGACGCCGGAUUACAGCCGAACACUGUCAGUUGACAUGCCUGGCCAUCGGUCGGAUGUCCGCUGCGUCGCCUUGAGUUCUGAUGAUCGAAUGCUUGCAACGGCUUCGCAUGGGAGCUUGAAAAUAUGGAAUACCAGGACUCAGAGUUGUCUCCGCACUCUCGAAUGUGGCUAUGCUUUAUGUAUGGCAUUCCUACCCGGGGACAAAAUUGUCGUAGUCGGGACCCGGGAGGGCACGCUGGAGAUCUUCGACAUCGCUGCCUCGAAUUUACUCGACACUAUCAGUGCCCAUGAGCGCGACAUCUGGUCCUUACAAGUUAGCCCCGAUGGCAAGUCGCUUGUCACAGGAUCCGCUGACAAGAGUGCCAAGUUCUGGCAGUUCAAAGUUGUCCAAGAAGAGGUUUUAGGAACGAACCGCAAGAAUGCUAGGUUGACCCUGGUGCAUUCUCGAACACUGAAAGUGGCAGACGACAUUCUCAGUGUUUGCUUUUCGCCAGACGAGCGACUAUUGGCUGUCAGUACUCUGGACAACACUGUCAAAGUGUUCUUCGUAGACAGCCUCAAGCUCUUCUUGACCUUAUACGGGCAUAAGCUACCUGUAUUGAGCAUGGAUAUUAGCUAUGACAGUAAGCUCAUUGUCACAUCCAGUGCAGACAAAAAUGUUCGAGUAUGGGGACUGGAUUUUGGUGAUUGCCACAAAGCCUUCUUCGCACAUCAGGACAGCAUCUUGUCGGUCCUCUUUGUUCCCAACAACAACGAAGGUAAUGGACACCACUUCUUCUCCGCAUCGAAGGACAAGACUAUCAAAUACUAUGAUGCAGACAAAUUCGAGCAAAUCCAGAAGCUGGACGGACAUCAAGGCGAGAUUUGGGCAAUGGCGAUGGCGCAUUCAGGAGAAUUCCUGGUCAGCGCCAGCCAUGACAAGAGCAUCAGAAUCUGGCAGCAGACAGACGAACAAAUCUUUUUAGAAGAAGAAAGGGAAAGGGAGCUUGAAGAGUUGUACGAAAAAACACUCCUAACCUCCCUCGAGAAGGACGAACAGCAAGCGGAUGCCGAGAUGGAAGGGGUUGAAGCAACUUCAGCUGGCAAGCAAACUGCUCAGACGUUAAUGGCCGGAGAGAAGAUCGCAGAAGCACUCGAGGUAGGCUUCGAAGAUCUUAAGCUCAUGCAGCAGUAUGAGCUAUCGAAACGAAGCAAUCCCAAGACAGCGCCGCCACCACGAGAUACUGUUUUCCUGGCCAACAACAAUAUCUCGGCAUCUGCCUACGUCCUGAACACAUUUCAGAAAGUACCUUCUGCCUCAUUGCAGGAUGCGCUUUUGGUUUUGUCACUUUCACAGCUUCCUGCUCUGUUCACGUUCCUAGGUUUGUGGGCCAAGGAAGGUCGUAACAUUCCUCUGACAUGUAGAAUCCUGUUCUUCAUGCUCAAGACUCAUCAAAAGCAGAUUGUCAGUAGCCAAGCCCUCCGAGUGGCCCUUGACGAGACGCGAGAGAGACUUCGGAAAACGCUUCAGAAGCAGAAGCAUGAUCUUGGGUUCAAUCUUGCUGGGCUGCGAGUGAUGGGUCGCCGGGUCCGGGAGCUGGGAGAGAGUGACUAUGUUGACGAGUCAACAUGGCUGGACACGCAAGUGACAGGAACCCGAGGUACUAAGAGAGGCUUCGUUACCGUAGCCUAG